GCUUUCGGCCUGCGAACUCGACUGGCCCCCAUGGCUUAUAUCCUACUAUACUGAUUGUUGCACCUGACGCUCGCCGCUUAGGUACACUUUUAGCAAAAGCCAUGAAAUUAAUGCUUAUCUCAUUUCAUGGCAUACCUCACAAAGUUGAAUCAUUUCGAUGGUAUAAAUUUCGUCGCCUUUUAGGCUAUGAAAUUAAUGUUUAUCUCGUUUCAAAUUACUGUUUACAAGUUUAA